UCUGUCACUCCUCGGCUAUAAUCGGUACUUCCUGGAUACGCGUUCAGAAAAACAGCCAGAGCUGGCUUGUUGUCAUCGUUUUGUACUUCCUUUUAAUAAUAUUAUUAUUAACCCGCAGCUUUUACAUAUAUGAAGACGACAAACUACCUUUAAUGUCACGAAAUUACCAAUGAUAACAUAAACAGGACAGCGAGGCGGAGGGCGAGGAGCAGAAGAGGAAGAAAAAGGAAGACAGCUGGGAGUGUGCCACACGUUGAGCUCGGCUGUCUCUGUGUUUCCUCUCAGAGCGCCACGUCAGUAAUCGGCGGAUGAGUUUGGUCCCGUCAGGCGUCGCACUCCUUCUCCUGCGUCCGCCUGCCGCGUGCUGCUGUCUCCGCGUCGCCUGCCGUUUUCUUGCCGAGGGAGGAAGAGUCACUCAGGAGGAAAGAUGACGGCGUCUAACUCGGGCCUCAUCAUGAAUGUGGUGAACAGCAUCGUCGGAGUCAGUGUGCUCACCAUGCCCUUCUGCUUCAAACAGUGUGGGAUAGUGCUGGGAACUCUCCUGCUGUUCUUCUGUUCGUGGAUGACCCACAAAUCCUGCAUGUUUCUGGUCCACACAGCCAACAGCACCAAACGAAGGACCUAUGCUGGACUCGCCUUCCAUUCUUAUGGGAAACCAGGAAAAGCAUUGGUGGAGAUGAGUAUGAUCGGGUUGAUGUUGGGGACCUGUAUUGCCUUCUAUGUCGUCAUUGCUGAUUUGGGCUCAAAUUUCUUCGCUCAGCUGUUGGGUUUACAGGUGACGGGCGGUUUCCGCGUGCUGUUGCUCAUCGCUGUGUCGCUGUUCAUCGUACUCCCUCUGAGUCUGCAGAGGAACAUGAUGGCCUCUCUGCAGUCCUUCUCAGCUAUAGCUUUGAUGUUCUACACCUUCUUUAUGUUCACGAUGGUGCUGUCCUCGUUCAAACAUGGGCUGCUCAGCGGCUGGUGGCUUGGCCACAUCAAUGUGGUGCGCUGGGAGGGUGUGUUUCGCUGUCUCCCCAUCUGUGGGAUGGCCUUCGCCUGUCAGUCGCAAGUGCUACCAACCUACGACAGCCUCGAUGAGCCGUCAGUUAAACGCAUGAGCACCAUUUUCACCUCAUCCCUCAACUUGGUCACCAUCUUCUACAUAACUGUGGGUUUCUUUGGCUACGUCAGCUUUACGGAGAACAUUGCGGGAAACGUGCUGAUGAACUUUCCAUCCAACCUGGUGACGGGGAUGAUCCGUGUUGGUUUUAUGAUGUCUGUAGCUGUUGGAUUUCCCAUGAUGAUCCUGCCCUGUCGCCAGGCUAUCAACACUAUGCUUUUUGAGCAGCAACAGAAGGAUGGGACAUUUGCCGCUGGGGGUUACAUGCCUCCUCUGCGCUUCAAGAUGAUCACCCUCUGCAUUGUGUUUGGCACCAUGCUGGGGGGCAUUCUCAUCCCCAACGUGGAAACUAUUCUGGGUCUGACUGGAGCCACCAUGGGCAGCCUUAUCUGCUUCAUAUGUCCUGCUCUCAUCUACAGAAAGAUCCAAAAGAAUGGCAUCAUUGCUCAGCUGGUGCUUUUUGUUGGUCUGGGCAUUUUGCUGAUCAGCACCUUUACCACGCUCUCAAUUACGGCCAGUAGCCCUGGUCCAAGGAUCCAACCUCCUCCUCCAGCACCUGGCAAGAACAGCCAGCAACUACCAGAUGUCCCUGAACUGCAUGACAAACCCCCAAACAAGAACCCAGGAGAAAUGGAAAAGCCUGACCAUCUACCUGUGGAGGUGAUACAGCCUGUGAAUAGGGACCCAGCUGAGCCCCCUCAGAUUAAAGGACCGGUUGAACUACCCGAGGAGAAGAAGGAGGAAGAGGUGCAGUUGGAUCGUCCUGAUGCUGGUGUUGCAGUGCCAGAGGUAGAGGCCCAUCGUCAUGAACCACCUGUCCCUCAUGACAAGGUCAUGGUCGAUACAAGAAAGAACAACGCAGAGCUCAAGGAUGACAACAAACAACCUGCUCCUCCUGCAGAAGGUGUUGAAGAAAAACCCAUAAGAGACAAUGAGCAAGAUUUAGGGAAUGCUUUGAAGGCAGAUAACAAAGAUGACAUGGCUGCUGAAAAACCUGCAAAGGAAGUGGACCUGGGUGGAGGGGAGUUCUUGCCCAAUGAGGUGAUUGAUAAGCCUGCUGGAGAAGCAGACAAAAAGCAGGAUGUUGCCCCAUUAAAGGAGGCGGAGAGGCACACUGCUGCUAAAGAGCCCUUCGCAGGGAAUGCAGAUGUAGUGGCCAAUCAGGCUGCGGCAGCCCAAGUCAAUAAAGUGGGCAAAGCUCCAGGUGCUGCAGACAAGGCUCCAGCUGCUGAAGGAGAACAUCAGCCUGCUGCAGAAGAGGCUCAAGCUGCAGAAAGCAAAGAUACCGCUGAUGAAAAGAUGGAUGUGAUAAAAAAGCUGGUUGCAGAGGGUCAGCUGGACCACGCGGUGCUUCUGCAGGUCAUUAAGGAGCAACAAGAACAACAGAAAAGGCUUCUUGACCAACAGGAAAAACUGCUGGCUGUCAUAGAGGAACAACACAAGGAAAUCCACCAGAAACAACCUGCUGGAGCCGCUGCUGAAGAUGAUGCAGAGAAAGGCGUCCAAGGACAUGCAGAGGUAAUGGAAGCUGGAGACGCAAAGCCCAAGGAGCCUGGACAGGAGCAGCCCAAGGAGGGAGCUGGAGCUCCACAGAAUGGAGGAAAUGAGGCUCUUGCUUUGGCCCAGAAUCAAGCUCAGGCAGGAGAUAAAGGUGCUGAAGUCAACCCUGCAAAAGUAGCUUUUCCAGCAGCUUACAAGGAGGAUGCCAAUGUUGCACCUGCAGGAGAAUCUCAUAAGGAAAGUGAGCUUGGGGCGAGGGGAGUGCCAUUGGGAAAGAAAAAACCUGAACCUGUAGCUCAGAAUGAUCAGGUGGCCCAACUAGCAGAUGAAGAGGCUGUUGACAAACUCGGUAAAGAUCAAGCAACACAGGAAAAAAAAGGACUGGAGAGGGAAACAGAGGAAAAGCUAGCCAGAGAACAGGAGUUGGAGAAGGAAAGAGCAGAGAGAGAAAGGAUGGAGAAAGAAGUUCAGACAAGAUUAGAAAAAGAACGGCUAGAAAUGGAGAGAAAAGAAAAGCUGGCCAAAGUACAGGAGCUGGAGAAGGAAAGAAUAGAGCAAGAAAAGAUAGAAAAGGAGAGACAGGAAAUGUUGGCCAAACAACAAGAGCUGGAGAAGGAGAAGAUAGAGAAAGAAGUUCGAGAAAAGGUGGAAAAAGAACGACUGGAAAGGGAAAUAAAAGAGAAGCUGAUCAGAGAGCUGGAGAAAGAAAAAGCAUUAAAAGAGAAACUUGAACAGGAGAAAGCUGCAAAAGAGGGAUUCGAGCAGGACAUACAAAAAGUAGACAAUGAAAUACUUCUUAUAGCAAAGAAAGAGAAGGAAGCGGCGGAGGCUCGGGAGAGGCUGCUUCAGCUGCAGCAAGCCGUAGAAGCUCGAAAUGCUGAAAAAGCUGCACAGGGGGGUGAGAGAGAGGAUGGUGAGGCUUUGAAGAAAGGAGGACGAGACCUCAAAGAAAAUGCUGCUGCUCAGGCAGACCCCAGAGAAGGUGAGACAGAUGCCGAGGCUCACCCUCAGGGCUCCCACGAGAAGGCCAGGAACCAGGGAGAGACAGAUCUGAAGCGGAGGCGUAGGUCACUCAGAGAAGCUAGAGGGCCCCUGGUGGACACUGAGGUGUCCAGGGGGGUUCUAGGGUUGGAGCCCCUGCUGGAGCUGGGGGGGUCAGACCUGCAUGCAGCCCUGGAGGGGCAGCUACUGGCCGGGGCAAGGGUACACACACGGCAGAUUAAACAGGCCUUAGAGGAUGAUGAAGUUAAAUAACACACACACUUAUUUAGCAGUCAAGCACACACUGUAGACCUGCAGAACCUCCAAAUACUGUGGACCAUCAUAUUGCUGCCUUACAUUCUCUUUUUGCCUUCAGAAUUGUUAUGAACUGGAACCUUUUGUUUUUCUUGAUGCUGUGUAAUCUUCGAAUAAUCCAAAGUCUUUAUGAACGAGCAAAAGUGUAUGUAAAUAUUAACUUAUUUUUUUCUCCAGAGGGAAUUUUGAAGAGGUCAUUGUUUAAAGUGUAAAUACAUCUAUGCAAAUACCUUUCUGUGGAGAGUUUUGGCAUUUGAGUCACUUGAAUUCCGGUUUCAUUCACCAGCUUGUGAAGUGUGCUGCCUCGAUAGGAAAUGUUUGUGCUUGUCUAUGUAAAUGUUGUAAAUGCUUUUAAUUGUGAUCCAUAUGUUUUCUUUUAGAACCUACGUUUACCACAAAUGUGGCUUCUGGCCCCUCGAUAACUGUUUUUGCAUUGUGCUUUCAAAGUGAUGUAUUUAACCGCACUCUGGAGAUUUGAGAUAUAGAGUAGCCUUACUUUUUGAUAAACUGUGGACAACGGAGCAGCUUGAACCAGACCAUCUGGAUCCAUAACUGUAGUUUCUAAUAUUCCAUCUUUUAUUAUUCCUUCCAGGUUGAUUUAUUAGUGCCUUCCACUCAGUAUACUGCAGCAUACAAUGUUUUAUUCAGACUAAAUGUGCAGUUUUUCCUCAAUUUGUGAUCUUUUUCUUCCACUAAAUUAUCCUAUUUGAUGAUACACUAAGAUUGUUAUGAAGACAAAUGGAAGGAAAUCUGGUCUUUUGUAUUGUUUUGUACGUAUCUACCUUCUCUAAAUAGUCAUUGGCUUGCACAAUGGACCUUUGCUUUAUAAAAGAGUCUAUUUUUGUGACUAUUUUUCUAUGUGCAUGGUAUUUCUGUACAUUUUGCUGGUGAGAAUUAAUAAAGCUUAACUAUCAAAACAGAUAAAAUC